ACCGUGGAGCGGCCGGCCCUGUGUGCGGUCAUGGCGGUCCUCCCGCGCCUUCCCUCUGCGGAAGGGCUGGAAAACCCCCACAGCUUCACAGCUAUUAGAACAGCGAAAUCCCCGCAGCACGUCGCUGCAGGGAAAGCGCACAGACGGCGCACCCGGGCUCCGACGCGGCGUUUUUAUCCCGAUGAGGAUAGCGGAGUGGGGCGAGGACCGCCCGGCGGAACGGAAAGGAACGGAGAGCAGCGGAACGCCGCGGCGCCGCCCCUGUUGCCGGCGGACGCGCGGAGCGGGAGGCCCGGAGCGCGACGAUGUUGGGCGGCGGGGGGACGCUCCGCGCCUUCGUCCGCGCCCUGAGCGGCCGGCGGGCUGCGGGCGGGCCACCGUGAGGAGGCUGCUCAGCACCUCGCAGUCGUCGGUGGAUCCAAAGGAGAUGAGGAAAUUCCAGCUCCUGGCACACAGGUGGUGGGACGAGCAAGGAGAGUACUCAGCCCUGCAUUCCAUGAAUGACAUCAGAGUGCCGUUUAUUAGAGACACUGUGCUGAACAUGGGCAGCGCCUACCAGCGGGGAAGCCCCCUUUCUGGGGUCAAGAUUCUUGAUGUUGGCUGUGGUGGUGGACUGCUGAGUGAGCCUCUAGGUAGACUGGGAGCUUCAGUUACUGGAAUCGAUCCUCUGGAAGAAAACAUCAGAGCGGCGGAUCAGCACAAGUCAUUUGAUCCGGUUCUGGCCAAGAGAAUACAGUACAAGUGUGGCUCACUGGAGGAGAUUGUGGAGGAGUCUGUGGAAACGUUUGAUGUAAUUGUAGCUUCUGAAGUCGUGGAGCAUGUGGCUGACCUUGAAAUGUUUAUCAAGUGUUGCUCUCAGGUGUUAAAGCCCGGAGGUUCUUUGUUCAUUACUACAAUCAAUAAAACUCAGUUGUCCUAUAUCCUGGGAAUUGUGGUCGCAGAAAAAAUAGCAGGCAUUGUACCAGAAGGAACACACGAGUGGGAGAAGUUUGUUCCCCCAGAGGAGCUGGAGCGCCUCUUGGAAGCAAAUAGCUGCUCUGUCAAGACUGUGAAUGGGAUGCUGUACAACCCCCUCACCGGGUCCUGGAGCUGGAUUGAAAGCACAAGCAUUAACUAUGCCCUGCACGCUGUGAAAUCUGGGGAUCAGGCACAGACAAGCCAAACAGAGCCUCUCUCAGAGAUGGAAAGUGAACAGUGCUCGGCCACAGCUGGCACCAGCGUGUGACCAGCUGAGAUGUGUGCUGAUGGACUGCCACCAGGAACAGAAAAUGUUCUACACAGACUGGCACAAUAAAGCCUUCUGUAACAACAAGCUUGCUGUUUGCAUUAAUAAUGUUGGUACCAUUUUUGGCCAGAUAUUUUUUGGGGAGUCUCAAGAAAAACAAGUGCCCGUUACCUCAGGGAUCCUGUGAGAUUGACAUGAGCAAAGCUCUGGAAGAAGUAUUUUAUAUAAAAGUAGUUUCAAAUUGUUCCCUCAGUAGCUUUGAGAAGGCUCCUUCUUACGGAUGAUGAUUUCCGUGGGAUCUGAUAAAAACUCAGCUCUGUGUAGAAUGAUAUUUAACUGCAGGAUGAGUUUGAAAAUGGAAUGUAUGAGAAAUAAAAUGCUUUGGAUAUUUUAGUUA